UGCUCACGCACAGUGGCCGAGCUGUGCGAAACGGUGCGUGUGGGCGGAUUCUCGGGUAGCUCCUGUCCUGGCGGGACCCCGUCCUCACCGCUUGUCGGGUCUCUGCUAUCCCCCGGAUUUGGGUCCGCUCGCGGUGUCCCCGCGCCGCGCUCAGCCCCGGCUUUCCCCUUCCCGCGGGACCGGAGCUGAGCGGGGACGUGGCGGCUCGGUCCGGCUCCGGGGCGCGUUCUCAGGCUGCAGCUCGCGGCCUUUUUUAAUUCCUAUUUCUGUUUGUAUUUUUAGUUCUAUUUUAACCCUAUUCCUAUUUCAUAUUUCUAUGUUUCUUUCCCAUUUUUAUUCCUAACCCUAUCCCUGUUUUCUCUUUCCAUUCCUAUUUCCAUUCCCGCUCCUAUCCUGUCUCUACCCCCAACCUCCUCCCCCCGGCCAUGGCUCCCGUCCCCCGCGAGCGCUAGCCGCCCCUCCGAGCCCGAGCUGCCCCCGAGCCGUGAGGUGCGAUGGGGCCGCUGUGGGCGCUGCGCGUGGCCGGGGCGCUGAGCUUGGCCGGGGCGCUAGCGGGGCACGACGGGUCCCAGCGCGCGGGGCCGCCGGCGGCUCUGGAUGCGGGGACCCGGGGUGACAGCGUGGGACACGAUCGGGGCGUGGACUGCCGGGAGGUAGGGAAGCGGAACAGCUCCGAGCGGUGCCGCUUCGUGCGCAGCACCCCGGACUGCCGCUUGGACGGCGGUUUCCUCGACUACCUCGGCGGAGCGUUCUGCGCCUUCCCCGCCGCGCUGCUCCCGCUGCCCGUCAGCCUCUACGCGCUCUGGCUCCUUUACCUCUUUGUCAUCCUCGGCGUGACGGCGGAGAAGUUCUUCUGCCCGAACCUGUCGGCCAUCUCCACCAGCCUGAAGCUGUCCCACAACGUGGCAGGUGUCACCUUCUUGGCCUUUGGCAACGGGGCGCCAGACGUCUUCAGCGCUGUGGUGGCCUUCUCGGACCCGCGCACAGCUGGGCUGGCAGUUGGGGCCGUCUUUGGUGCCGGCAUCUUUGUGACCACGGUGGUGGCUGGCGGCAUCGCCCUGAUGAAGCCCUUUGCAGCAGCCUCCAGGCCCUUCCUCCGGGACAUCAUCUUUUACAUGGUGGCUGUCUUCCUCACCUUCCUGGUCCUCUACUUUGGCCACAUCACACUGGGGGAGGCUCUAGGGUACCUGGGGCUGUACGUCUUCUAUGUCUUCACUGUGGUGCUGUGCACCUGGAUUCACCGCUGGCAGCGUGGGGAUGGGUCACCUCCCCCUGGGCCGUGGGAGCCAGGUAAGGAGCACUCUGUGGUGCUGGCAGGGUCCCUCUGCACCUCCCCACUUCCUCCUUGCUCCCGCACAGCAAUACCGACAGAUGCUGAAGAUCAGGAGCCCUCAGGCGCCGACUGCGGGGACUACGGUGAGGAGUACCGGCCCCUGCUGCCCUACCACGAGACCUCACUGCACAUCCUCAGCGCUGCCCUCAGCCCCCUAGACCAGCGCAAGUGGAGGAGGAAGCCCUGGUACUGGCGGCUCUUCAAGGUGCUCAAGGUCCCUGUGGAGCUAGUACUGCUGCUCACCGUGCCUGUGGUGGACCCUGACAAGGACGAUUUGAACUGGAAGAGACCCCUCAACUGCCUGCAUAUCGUCACUGGGCCCCUGCUCUGCAUCCUCACCCUCAAGUCGGGGGCCUAUGGGCUAUACCAGAUUCACGGUGUCUUCCCAGUCUGGGCGCUGGUUGCACUGGCUGGCUCCAUCCUGGCCAUCAUCAUCUUUGUGACCACACGCAAUGAAGAGCCACCCAAAUACCACUGUCAGGUAUUCGCCUUCCUCGGGUUUCUGUCCAGUGCUAUGUGGAUCAAUGCAGCAGCCACAGAGUUGGUGAACAUCCUGCGGACCCUGGGCAUCAUCUUCGAGCUGAGCAACACUGUGCUGGGCCUGACCCUGCUGGCCUGGGGCAACAGCAUUGGAGCAUCUCCCCUUCUUGCCCUGCAGACACCUUCUCUGACCUCACCAUGGCACGGCAGGGCUACCCCCGCAUGGCCUUCUCCGCCUGCUUUGGGGGCAUCAUCUUCAGCCUCAGAUAUCCUGGUGGGUGUGGGGCUGGGCUGCCUGCUGCAAAUGACCAGCAGCCAGAUAGUGGUGAAGCUGGAGCCUGACAGCCUCUUGGUGUGGAUCCUGGCUGGGGCCCUGGCGCUGAGCCUGGUGUUCUCCUUUGUGGCGGUGCCGGUGCAGUGCUUCCAGUUGGGCAAGGCAUAUGGCAUCUGCCUCAUCCUCUACUACUUGGCCUUUCUCUGCGUGGCCCUGCUCACCGAGUUCCGAGUGAUCCACCUGGCUGCCACCUGAGUGCUGCAGGGCCACAUUCCUGCCCUGCCACAGCCUGCAGGGCCACACGUUUGCUCUGUGGAGAGAGAGCUGGUUGUGUUUUGGGAAAGGAAAAGGCACUAGCCAUCUUCUCACUCUGCUCUGUUGAACCUUGUCUAACUUGGGGUGUCUCUGAACAAGGACAAGGGUAAAGGCUUGGCUGCUCCCCCAGGGCAUAGGACCAGAGCAGCCACAGGGAAGCACAUGCUGGGACACCCCUUCACCUCCCCAUCCGCAUCUGGGCUCCUUUGGGCCAGGACCAGCCAUGUACUAUGGGGAAAUUGGAAAGUAAAGCCUUGAGCACAACUUUGGGAAUGUCUGUCAUUGCAAGGGGCAGCAAGUCUUCAGCAAGUGAACUGAAAGAGCAAGGGGAGGUGUUAAGGUGAGGCAAAGCACCAGAGCAGCUCUGGGGCUUAAUGCAUGCAAAGCUGAUGGCUAGCCCAUGGAAGCCUGCUUUCUCCUGUUUUUAUUUUUUUUAAAGCUAUGUUUUUCAACCUGAAUUUAAGAUACUCAGAGGGGGGACAGAGCUGUAGCAAAGGACUUGGUUCUCAGAGGUUCCCAUAUCGCCUGAUAACCUCUGGCUAAACUAGGUUUAGACACUGUAAGAAUGGACAACUUGCAAUUAAAAACUACACAGCCUC